GGUUUUUAUUCUUCUCACUUGGCCCUCGUCGCCUUUACUUCACCCAGAUUCUCAAUAUCAUCACUUUCAGACGGUUUCACCUGCCCUAGAAUUCCUUCCCCCCACUUCUAUUAGAUCUCGCCGGAGAAUCAAUCCUCCCCAACUACUCAACCCAUGACGCUAGGCUCAGGUGGAUCCAGUGUUGUGGUCCCAAGAAACUUCAGAUUGCUGGAGGAACUUGAACGCGGAGAGAAAGGUAUUGGAGAUGGCACUGUGAGCUAUGGGAUGGAUGACGGCGAUGAUAUCUAUAUGCGUUCUUGGACUGGUACCAUCAUUGGUCCCCAUAACACCGUACAUGAAGGUCGGAUCUAUCAGUUGAAGCUGUUCUGUGAUAAAGAUUACCCUGAGAAGCCACCAACUGUUCGAUUUCAUUCACGGGUUAACAUGACUUGUGUCAACCAUGAAACUGGAGUGGUGGAUCCAAAGAAAUUUGGGCUUCUUGCAAACUGGCAGAGGGAGUACACUAUGGAGGAUAUCCUUACGCAGCUGAAAAAGGAGAUGUCAGCUGCACAUAACCGGAAGUUGGUCCAGCCUCCAGAAGGUACCUACUUCUAGCUUUCAGGACCAAUUAGAAAUCAUGGAUCCAAUUGCAUAGGCAAUAUGCAAUAUAUAGUUUGUAAUGCCCUUGUUUAUCCCAAGCCAAGAACACCUUGGAGAGUGCCUUCAACAGCUUCUCCUAUUAGCUCUCCAUGGCUUCAUCUUUGUUUCUGAAUUUUUAUUAUGUUGAAGGGAUGCUGUUUGAUUGAUGGAAUUUUUAUGUGUGAAAUAUUAAAGACCCCCUAGAUAUCUAUGUGGCAUGUGUCUCUCCUCUCU